AUGGAUGCAUCUAUCAGAAACCUGGCUAAAACUGCCUGGGAUCGUGCAUGGAAAAGAGAGUACUAUAGUUACUGCUAUUCAUACUGCUUUCUUUUAAAUACAAGCAAUGUCUUUUUUAUCCAGCAAGCAGCACUGGAUACUUUCCGACCUCCACUUCACGUUCGAUGCUACUAUUCGUCUGGAAAACCAACAGCACCGAGCCAUAGAUUGCAGGAUUUAAAUUUAUCUCAUUUGGAUAUAGCAGAUAUUAAGCCAUCUGAUGACUCCUGUAAUGAACAGCAGAAAAAUCCAACAUCUCCUGCAACCAGUCAUGACAGUAAUGUUGAUACGAUAGAAAAAAAUGACGCACUCACUCAGCUACUGUGUAUACUUGAUAAUAUUCCUAUCAACCACACACCUUGUUUAAUAGAGCCUAAACAGACAAGUCGGAUAUGGUUGCUGGUUGAUAUAGUGUGUCAAAGUCCAAAAACUUCUUCCAAUCUUGCAGAAAAUCACAUUGCAAAACUACUGUUUCUCACAAUUCAUGGGCAGGGCUAUGAUUCUUCUCGAUACCUAUCAAUUAAACAUCUGAUUCACAUACUUCAGCAUGCAAAGCGAUCCGAUCUACUUUCCCCUGUUUACCUUGAAUUUUUAACAAGAUAUACUGAUCGUGUUCAAUACCAAGUCCUGAGCGAUAUUUUAUCAGAUCUAAAGCUGCAUCGGUCGCAUCUUAUUGCCAAGAUAUUCCAUGUUGUUUUGGAAAUUUUGGUAAAACAGGGAGAUGUCUUGAAUGUUCAUCGGUGGAUUACCGAUUUCUCAGUUUCGUCUACUUUAUCAAAACAAUCACACACAGAUACUUUUUUCUACACAUCUCAGCAUUCAGACUUCAACUCCAUAAACUUUCCAUCUUUUAAAACGUCAGCUCAUGUGCAGAAUAUGGCUGAUCCACUCGACCGUAAACAUUCAACACACUCAAAAUCUUUGAAUCCUCCAUUGUUAAACUCGAUGAAAUAUCGUUGGAAAAUAUGGCGAGCACUCAAGAAUAGCAACAAUGCUCAACGCCUGAGUGAAUUCUUUGAAAGAGCUGAUCCUUCUACCAUUUCUAUUGUUGAAUAUAACUCUGUUCUUGGCUCAUACCUCAGGACCGGAAAUCUUGAUGGGUUUCAACGUGUUUGGUCAUACAUUACUCAAAUAGACGGGCCAGUCAAACCAGAUCUCACAUCAUUCAACCUCCUCAUUCGAUACCUAUUACAGACCAAGGGAUUUUCAGCAGGUCUUGAUUGUUUUCGGCACAUUAAUGAUGCUGGACUUUCUCCCACGAUCUUGGAAUACAAUAUCUUGAUUGAUUUCCUCUUCAAAUCUGACGAGUCCACCAAAGCCAUGGCGUUAUUUGACUCGCUACGUCAGUCAUCCAUUAUACCCCAAGCAUCUACCUACACUAUUAUGAUCAACCAUUGUGCUGAAAAACGACUUAUUUUAAACACGUUCAAGUAUUACUAUGCUUUGCAAGAAUCUGGAGUGGUGUAUUCUGCUCAUUUAUGGACAGCUAUGGUACGUGCGUUUGUCAAACUAGAUGACAUGGCUACAGCUAUUCAAUGUUAUCGGGACAUGCUUGCCGAUCCAAACGUAGACCCCAACGGAUACACAUUUGUACAUCUGAUUGAAGGAUACUUUUCCCACAAUGAGUACAUGAAGGCAUUUGAACUUGUUGGCGAAGCUGCUAAAUGGGGUUUAGAAGACAAUCCAGCAAUCAUGUCACUUUUAACAAGAAUCCGCUCGAAAACUCAAUUCGACUCGAAUCAAGUUCUUCAAGACUAUUAUCGCAUUCUUCCUCGACUCAAAGCUGAUUAUGCUGAAUCAAAUCUUCCCCCACAUCAUCUGUCCAGGUUUUAUUUCCAUCUUAUUCAGCAUUUUUCUCAUUACCACCUUGUUGACAUUUGUGUAUCGAUUGCAGCAGAUAUGGCAGAUUUGGGACUAGAUGUGAGACAAGUCAGUGGGCAUUUGAUAUCAGUAUGUGCUCUCACUGGAGAUAUCAAUACUGCCUCUGACAAACUUCAAGCUGCCAGAAGAAACGAAUCUACACCCGUUUGUUUAGCAGUUUAUAAUAAUUUGAUCGUGGGUGCGCUUCAUCAUGAUAAAGUAGAGUUUGCAGAUAUGAUAUUUGGAGAAAUGAUACACAUGGGCUUAGAAAUCCGCCCAAUCGUUUUGAAUUCAUACCUCAAAUAUAACUUGCAAUCGGAUGAUGGUAUGUCACGUACUCUUGAUCGAAUGAGGAAGCUGGAUGUCAAGUACAACUCUCGCACGUUUUGGUUGAUGAUGUUUUUUUACGGUUUCAACAAAGGGUUGAUGGAUAAAGCUUGGAAUAUGUGGACUAGGUAUAUCGAGUUUUUUGGACCGUUUAUAAAAGCGUAUGAACGAACUUCCGAUCAUGUGCCUGGUGGUUCAAAGAUUCAAAUGUUGCCAACACAUUCGGAGACGCGAAAGGUGCUGGAAGUGAGGUUGGUUAGACUCGCUAUAAAGAUUUGCCAUUCACAUGGAAGAACUAGGCAGGCAGAACAAGUGCUACAGUUUUCAGAAGAAUUUUUGACUCCAUACGAGUUUGAAGGUAUUUACGAGGUCUACGAAAGCACCAAGACGAUGUCUGUUUGGAGCGCUGGAGCUGAUGAUAUUGACAAUCAAAAUUUGCCAGACGAAGACAUAUAG